GUAGAUAAACCGGAUGUCAGUUUGAAUGUUUGGCGCUGACGCGCUUUUUUAAACAGUUUUGUUAGAAGAAGCCGUAAGAAAAGGACCUGAGAAUGAGCACUUUCACCAAGGAGGAGGGUGGGUUUAAAACCCCCCAAAGAGUCCGGGUGAGCUGUGGACGCGGUGCCGGGACCCCCAUCACCAUCCCUGCAUCACCUUUCAUGAAGAAACUGGGCUGUGGGACAGGAGUCAGUGUUUACCUCAUGAACAGAGCAGGAAAGCUGGACGCGUCCCCCUGGGCUGUGAAGAAGAUCAACAGCAGAUGUGCGUCCAAACAGGCAGKUGUGUAUCAGCUGCGUCUCAACGAGGAGGCAGAGAUCCUGAAGGGAAUCCACCAUCCAAAUAUCGUUGGUUUCCGGGCCUUCACCACAGCCAAAGACGGCUCCAAGUGUCUGGRCAUGGAGUACGGAGGUGAGCAGUCGCUCAACGACCUCAUCGAGAGGAGGAGGGAGGAUGGACUCGCAGCUUUUCCUGCUGCCGUGGUGGAGAAGGUGGCUCUGCACYUGGCUCGUGGCCUUCAGUAUCUUCACAAUGAGAAGAAGCUGCUGCACGGAGACAUGAAGUCGUGUAAUGUGGUCAUCAGAGGAGACUUUGACACGGUGAAGAUCUGCGACGUUGGUGUUUCUCUGCUGCUGGAUGACAACAUGACAGUGUCCGAUCCAAACGCAGAGUACAUCGGCACRGAGCCGUGGAAACCUAAAGAAGCUCUGGAGGAGGAGGGAGGACACAUCACAGAUAAGGCUGACAUCUUCGCCUUCGGUCUGACCCUGUGGGAGAUGAUGACUCUGUCCAUGCCUCACAUGGACAUGCUGGACCCAGACGACUCGACGGAGGACAGUUUUGARGAAGACGCCUACUACGAGCGUUUAGGGACCAGACCUCCUCUGGACCUGGAGGCUCUUGGUCCGUCGUACCGCAGGAUGGUGGAGCUGUUCUGUCUCUGCACAGAGGAAGACCCCAGGAACAGACCCUCAGCAGCUCAGAUCGUCCAGGCUUUAGAGGACAACACCUGCUGGACAGAGCCCAGUGAGGMACCUGCUGGCACCUUUACUAAAUAAAUAUUACAUUUAUACUUUAUUUCAUGAGAUAGCUGUAGAAACUGAAGUUCACUUUUUCAUUACUUAUAAUUUUAUUACUCUAUCCACUCUUUUAUAAUUAUUACUCUGUCCACUCCUUCCAACUCUUGCUGUAAUUACAUUUGUAAUAAACUUUGCUUAAAAGAUUUAUUAGAAACAAA